GCUGUCGCUGCCGGUGCCGGUGCCGGCGGAGAACGCGGGGAGGGGCCGGUGGCGUCACGGCGCGGCGCAGUGCGGGCCGGGCGGGCAGGUAUCUCCUAAUUUUCAACAAAUUCUCGUUGUGAGGAUAUUACUUUUUCCUGGAGGCUGAUAAAGGUACUCUGCAAACCCCUUCCAUGAUGAUUCCGCCGCCUGCCGCGAGCCCUGUGGGCGAUGCUGCUCUCCUGUCAGGUGUGGCCUCCCAGGAGCUCUGGAGAUCAUCAGCCCCAGGCUACCCUGGGCUGCCCACACGCCACAUCAGCCACCGGGCCAACAACUUCAAGAGACACCCAAAGAGGAGGAAACACAUCAGGCCCUCACCUCCCCCGCCCCCCAACACUCCCUGUCCCAUGGACCUGGUUGACUUUGGGGAUCUCCAGCCUCAGAGGUCUUUCCUGGAGCUCCUGUUCAAUGGGUGCAUUCUCUUUGGGCUUGAAUUCAGCUAUGCCAUGGAAACAGCCUAUGUUACCCCUGUGCUGCUCCAGAUGGGGCUUCCAGACCAGCUCUAUGGGAUGGUGUGGUUCAUCAGCCCUAUAUUAGGGUUUUUGCUGCAGCCUUUGCUGGGAGCCUGGAGUGACAGAUGCACAUCAAGAUUUGGGAGGAGAAGACCUUUCAUUCUGGUUUUAGCAGUAGGAGCAUUGCUUGGGCUCUCGCUUAUGCUGAAUGGCAAAGAUAUAGGGAGUGCCUUGUCUGACACUGAGAAUAACCACAAAUGGGGGAUCAUCCUUACAGUCUGUGGUGUUGUCCUCAUGGACUUCAGUGCAGAUUCAGCAGACAAUCCCAGCCAUGCCUACAUGAUGGAUGUGUGCAGCCCAGUGGAUCAGGACAGGGGCCUCAACAUCCACGCUUUGUUAGCAGGUCUUGGAGGUGGCUUUGGUUAUGUUGUUGGAGGAAUACACUGGGAUAAAACCAGUUUUGGAAAAGCUGUAGGAGGGCAACUCCGUGUCAUCUAUGUCUUCACCUCAAUUGUACUGACCAUUGCUACUGUGCUGACUCUAGUUAGCAUUCCAGAGAGACCCUUAAAGUCCUCUAACAGGAAGAAAAAGGUGAUGAAAAGUCCAAGUCUUCCUCUCCCUCCUUCUCCACCUUUCUUCUUUGAGGACAAUGUAAAUGAAAACUCUGCUUCUCAUAACUCAGCUCACUUACAUGCAAGUUUUACGAGUCCUGUUUCCCCCAUGAGCCCACUCACACCAAAAUACGGGAGUUUUAUCAGCAGAGACAAUUCCUUGACAGGACUUAAUGAGUUUGCAUCAUCCUUUGGGACUUCAAAUAUUGACAGUGUGCUUAUAGACUGUUUUACAGGAGGACAUAAUAGUUACAUGACACUUCCAGCUAGUUUGUCCAGGCAGCCUGUCAGUGUCAGCUUCCCUCGGGUGCCUGAUGGCUGCUACCAUGGAGCAAAUGGAAUUCUGGAGCAAGGGGAGAGCAGCUUAACAUCAGGGUGUGACAGUGAUGUGCUGAGAGUGGGCUCACUGGAUGCAAUAAAGCCACGUUCAUCAGGGAUCUUGAAAAGACCUCAGACCUUGGCCAUUCCAGAUGCUGUAACAGGACACUGCCCAGAGAAUAACAGAAGAAGAAAUGUAACCUUCAGCCAGCAGGUUGCCAACAUCCUGCUGAACGGGGUCAAGUACGAGAGCGAGCUCAACGAACCGGGCGAGGCCUCGGAGCAGCCGCUGUCGGUGAAGCUGCUGUGCUCAACCAUCUGCCACAUGCCCAAGGCUCUGCGGAACCUCUGCAUCAACCACUUCCUAGGGUGGCUUUCAUUUGAGGGGAUGUUACUCUUUUAUACUGACUUCAUGGGAGAAGUGGUGUUCCAAGGGGACCCAAAAGCACCUCACAACUCAGAUGAGUAUCAGAAGUACAACACUGGGGUCACCAUGGGCUGCUGGGGAAUGUGCAUCUAUGCAUUCAGUGCUGCUUUCUACUCAGCCGUGCUGGAGAAGCUGGAGGAGCGCUUCAGCACACGGACCCUGUACUUUGUGGCCUAUUUGGCCUUUGGGCUGGGCACGGGCCUGGCCACGCUCUCCAGGAACGUCUACGUGCUGCUGUCCCUGUGCGCCACCUACGGCAUCCUGUUCGCCACGCUCUGCACGCUGCCCUACUCGCUGCUCUGCGACUACUACCAGAGCCGGGAGUUUGUCGGCUCGCAGUCGGAGGGCACUCGCCGUGGCAUGGGCGUUGACAUCUCUCUGCUGAGCUGUCAGUACUUCCUGGCACAGAUCCUCGUGGCCGUGGCCAUGGGGCCGCUGACGGCGGCCGUGGGCAGUGCCAGCAGUGCCAUGUACUUCUCCAGCCUCGUGUCCUUCCUGGGCUGCCUCUUCUCGUCCCUCUGUGUCACCUACGAGCUGCUGCCCCCCGAGGAGCUGCCGCCCCUGGAGGAGCAGCGCCCGCUCCUGCCCCGAGCCAGGAACCAAUAACGGGAGGAGCUGCCUCGGCCUCUGCUGCCUCCUGGCCUCGCCCUCGGCCUCCCUAUCGCGACAGGCCGGGCUGUGCCCCCUGGGACGGCAGCAGGGGCUUGGCACACACAAGGAAGGGUCUGUGCUGGCUUUGCUGGGCUUUCCCCUGCCGGAGGGAAGGUGAGGGGCGAGGCAGCGGCGCUGGCACUGCUGUGUCCUUGCCCGAGGUGGCAGAGGGGGCUGGGGGUGCCCUCCGAGCUCUGGUGCUGCUGUCCCGGGCCGGCUGCAUGUCCUGCAUGGGACAGGCUCCCUCUGUCGCUGCUGGGCUGCAGGCACUGCUGCAGACAUCGCCACCGUGGGAACGGUGACAGGGCCACUCUGGGGACACAAGGUGCCACCUCCCGGCCAGGCAGAGCAGCCCUGGUGUCACCGAGGGCAGUGCUGAUUCCUGAGGGAGCUGCAGCUCCAACCUGCAGCCCCCGCCCUGGCUCUGGAGGGUGCUUUCCAAACUCUGGGAAGGCUGAGAGCAGCUGGUCUUGCCUGGGUGGUGUCAGUCCUCUGUCAGGUGUCAGUUAAGGCCAGGAGUUCAUUUUAAGGCAUUAAUUAAAACUCUUUCUGGGUGCACAGAGCUGCCACCAGCAGAACUGCUCCAAGACACCUCUGUGGGCUGCCAGCACUGUGGCCUGGCUCCCACACCCCACUCUGGGGGUCCUGCCUGUGCUCCUUGGUGGUGUUUGCCAAUAUUGUGCAUAUUCCCGUCCUCAUUAGAGUUUAAUUAAGACUAUGGGAGUUUGUGAUGACGUAGCAGGAGGAUUUGUCCAUAACCCAAUUCAGCAGUUGUCCAUAACCCAGUUCUGGGGAGAAAGGUCUUUUCCCAUCUCCUCCCUUGGGCAGAAGGUUACUCUCAAGAACUUUAUUCAUAAGAAAAAUCAUUUGUAUGGAAGCCUGCAUCACAUAAUUCUUGUUUUUACAAUUUUACCUUGGGACAUUCUGAAGUCUGGGGAUCAGUGGCUCAGUGCUUGUGAAUUACAGCUGCAUCUUCCUCAUCUCAGUGAAACCAGUAAAAGGGCUUUGGGUUUCAUUACAUGAGAAAUUUCUUAAUUAUUCUGAUUUUAGGAGGUGGUGUGUGAGAAUUUUUACAAGUCCUAGUUAAGGCCAGGAGUUAAUUUUAAUUAAUUAAUAAAACAAUCUGUAAAGCCCCUGUCAGUCUGCCCCUGUGUUUGGGGAGGCAGCCAAGUCCUGCCAGGGCUGGUGGGCAUUUUGUGUUCCCAUGUGCUGAGCAUGGCAGCCCUGCAGAGACUGCACCUGGUCCCCAGAUCCAGAGGAAGGAUUUUCUCUGGAGUCUCUCCUUUUAAAUGGGUUGGACUCCACUUUUCACUAAGUUGAUUCUGAUCAAUGAUGCCAAGGUGAAAUAAUAUCUGUAAUCUUGAGUUGUUGUGGUUUACUGUAAUCCAGUGCUGAAAGAAUUAAACAUAACUGGUAAGAACCCCUCAUUUUUAUCAUCUGCUCCCAGUUUUUAUAUUUUAGAAGCAAGUAUUGACAUAAACAGAGGAAUACUGCUGAAAUGAUCAAGUCAAGCACUCAGAUAAAGGCCUGGUAGCUGUCAGACUGAUGAGUGCAUUGAUCUUUCAGUUCUUUCUUUGGGCUUACACGGAGUCACAUCUGCAGGAAUUUCUGUGCCAUUCCCUUCAUUAGGGGACAGCUGUCCCCAAGAAUGUUCAGGACACAGCUGGGUAAAUAACAUGGAAACAAUGGCAUUGGGCACUUCUGACAAUCUAAACACUUCACUUUGCAGAAUUAUUCUUUUCUUGUUAGUCUGCUUUGUAAUCUUAAUUUCUCUUCUGUCUCAAGCUUUAAACUCAAAAAUUGUUUUUAUUUUUUGUUUGGUCCCACUAGCUAAUGGGGUGUGAGUUCUUAAAUAUUUUUCUCCUCUUCAAUUUUGUAGGCAGCAUUAUUGCACUAAAUGGAUUGUGAGCACUUUACUUUUCCAGGGAGCUGGAGUUGCAGAUCAUUUUGUUGCAAGUGAAAAAUCUUAAAAAAAUUCAUCAAUCAAUGUAUUUGAUUAUAAUGUUUGUCUCCAUUUCCCUCUGUAAAUAAUAUCAACUACAUUUAUGUAGUUAUAAAACUCUUGCUAUGCCUGUAUGCCCAAUGGACUCUAUAUUAAAUUUUCUUAUUUUAUGGGAUAUGGACUUUAUUUUGUAAAUGUAUUUAUGUAGUGGUGCAUACCCAGGACUUCUGAGUCAACAUCAGUGUGUGUUAAUUUGGGGCUCUGAGCAAUACUAGUGGUGUCUGGAAUAAAAAACCAGAGCCUGCCACCAUCAUGCAGAGUUAAAAGUUGCACCAAAUCCUCAGAAAUAACUUUAAAAAGAGGCAUUGCUUACUUGCUGAUUCUUUCCUUUGUCAGGCAUUUUGUAUUUUACAGAAAUGACUGUGUAUGGUCACUGGUGAGCUGUGAGCUGCAACGUGAUGUUCCCCCUCUGGAAUCCAAAGGCUUCAAAUAUUCUGGCUAAAUUUGCAAGUUACUGAUUUAAAAAAAAAAAAAAAAAGAUGCAUGAGUUUAGGCAGGAAAAUGAUUUUACACUGUGCUGGUUUUCAGGUUAAUUUUGAUUAAGUCCAUAUCAUUAAAGGUUGCUUCAUGGUAAUUAUUUGUGAUGUUUGUAAAUGUAUUUAUUACACUUGUUCAGAAGCAGAGAAAAUGGGGAGAGGGAUGGAGAAAAGCCCUAACUGGUUUUGACAUGUUUGUAAUUAAAAAUUACACCUGUAACCAUUUCAGCAUGUCUGCAGCUCACUCAGCCUCUGCUGUGUCACUCAGAAAAACCUCCUGAUUUCAGAACUUCUGCUGUUCUUUGGUUGGAAAAAUAAAUCUUUUCAAGAAUAAAAUAGAAUAAAAUUUA